UAACCUUUUAAGUGACAUGAACAGUCGAUGCCUCCCUCUACAUCUCUUUCUCUCUCUAGAAUCGAAGAGGAGGAGAGAUGGAUAGAGGAACGGAAGCGCAGAAGUACGUUUGGGAAGGAUCGAUUCCGCUGCAGAUUCAUCUCGACGAAUCCGAAGUCACCACUCUACCUCCCCCUCAACCCGCUCUGAUCUUAGCUCCACGGAUAGGAUACUUGCCUUUGUUAGUUCCGCACAUUAAGCCCUUCUUCAGCAGUUCACUUCCACCUGGGGUAGAUACUGUAUGGUUUGACUACAAAGGGUUGCCUUUGAAGUGGUAUAUACCGACAGGAGUUCUUUUUGAUCUUCUUUGUGCAGAACCUGAAAGACCAUGGAACCUAACGGUACAUUUUAGAGGAUACCCAGGAAGUAUUUUGACCCCUUGUGAGGGUGAAGACAGCGUCAAAUGGAGCUUUAUCAAUUCAUUGAAAGAGGCGGCAUAUAUAAUCUAUGGGAACUGCAAGAAUGUCAUGAAUAUGUCCCAAAAUGAUCAAGUGGAACUUUGGCGUGCUGUCUUGAAUGGGAACUUGGAAGCCUACCUCCGGGUUUCAUCUAAGCUCAAACUUGGAACGGGUGGAGAGGAGCUUUUAGCGAAACUGAAUUCACUCACUUUAAAAAGCGGACAAAGCACAGUUGAGACAGAUACUACUGGACCAGUCAAAACAGGUAGAAUUCCAGUUCGAUUGUAUGUUUGGAGUGUCAAUGGAGACUUUGAUGAUUUAGAAGACGCACCUUCUAUUGAUACUUGGGACAAAAUCUCUUAUAUAAACCGACCUGUUGAGAUUCAUGGAGAAGGUUCUGCAGGUAAAUGCUACACUUUACGCGAUGCAGUGAAAACUCUUCUGCCUGAGCUUUUCGACAGCAAACCCUUGAACAUCGAUGAAAUAUCGAGAACAGAAGUUGAGGAUGAACAGAAAUCGCCUUCAGAAGAAGGGGAAACAUUGUGUGAACAAUUGGAGUCGUGCCCAUCGGAUAAUGCUGAGAUCAAACUCGUCCGCAUUCAAGGGAUUGAGCCAAAAUUGGAGAUCCCUUUUACCUGGGUGGUGAACAACUUGAUGAACCCUGAGCAUUUUCUCCACGUUUGUGUUUACGUCAAAGUUACUGAACCAAUUACUAUGUGACACGUACAGUUUCAUGUCUUGCACCAUAUCAUUUCAGUGACUUAGUUUUUCAGGCACUAGAAAAUCUCUCAUUCAUGUAUAGAAUUGUACAGCAAAUUAAAAUUUGUCAAUAAUUCAUUUUCUUA